AUGCGUUCCUUUUCUACUGUCCUUCUCUUCAUUGCCGCCCUGGCCGGCCACUCUGUCGCUCAAAGUUGCAACGACCAAUGCGCAGACGUCUUCGCCGUAGCAAGCUCAGAAUGCCCACACAUCGGCAACACCAAAGAGGACGCCGACACCCUUGACGGCCCGAAGAUGAGCUGGAAGAACAACAUCUGGUCCACGCGCGGUAAGGACGGCGCCGUGGUUGAGAUCGAUCCUAGAGCUUGCACUCUGAGAACAUUUGGCGGCCGAGACGACUUCUGCGGCAUCUGGAUCGGCGGCAAGGAGGAACGAGGAAAGGGGAACACUGAGGUUAAGCAGCCGAACGCGCUGUUGCAAAUUCCCUUCAAUGGUGGCUGCUGCAAGAUUGACAAGGAAUUCUGCGCGGAUGGUGCGAUUGACUGGGCGCAGUUGCUGAGGGUGAAGAAGGGGCCGGACGCGUCUGCUUCACUCAAAUCCGUCGCUGUAUCGCCUGUGGCAAUCUACUAG